AAUGUUAAUUCCAUUUUCUAAUUCAAUGAGGUUGAAAUAUAUUGUAAGUUACUUCAUAUCAGUUAGUUAGGUUAGGUUAGGUGACGCCAUUCAAUCUAAAUCUUUUUGAUAAUUGAUCGAAAGUGACAUCAAGGGUUUCGUUUGGUUGUUUACACGAAUCUAGGACUGGGUUUUUCUUGGCGGCGUUCGUACUGUUAAAGAAAACGCAGGGGAUACUUUUUGCUUAGUGAUUUAUUUAAAGUUUAGGUGGAGAAAAUAUUAUGAUUGGUGAAGUAAAGAUUAGCGUAGUGUUGUCUGUAUGAUAUUGUAUGGAAUUUUAAGUCGUGGUUUAAUAUUCAACAUUAGAUAAUAAUUAAUCCCCCCUGGCGGUCGUAGCUGUCACUAAGGAGACCCACUUGACCGAGGGACUUGAUGCCUUGGUCGUCCCGUGAGAUCUACGUCCGUGGAGACUGAACUCUCGAUUGAAAAAACAAAACAAGUCGUUUAAGUGAAUUGUGAUAAUAUUACGUAAAGGAACACUUGUGUCAGCUGCUGUGUCUUGAGUGUUUCCUCGCUGGGCUUGUUGGGGGUGUGACUCGGUUACUUCCUCUCAUCUCCUCGACACCAAACUUACAGGUGAGGGUAACUAGACCAGCACUGGUACUGGCUGUACGUCUGGCAGCGGAGACGAUGUCUGACCGGCAGCACCUGUGUCCUAGACAGUACACGUUUUGAAUUAUUGGCGAAUUUUUUCGUUAUAAAACUGGAUCGAUUCUUAUUCCGGUAAAUGUCAGACUUAAAUGACAGUGGCAGUGACCUAAACGAGGCAUUUUAGAGUUAAAAAGGACUGAACUUUGUAAUGAACUUGAACGAUGAAAGUGACUAUUGAUCUGUUAACGCCCUAAGAGCUAACUGCUGCCUUCUUAAGGCUGUCCCCAACACUUUUAUAUUAAGAUAAAAGCCUCAUCUGGGGGCGCAUCACAACCAGCACCAUGAUGGGAAUGUACGCUCAGAGGUUCCGCAUGCGGGGAAGGUACGGUGGCGGCGGAAGAGAAUCACCCCCCACCAUCGGCCACGACCGCGUCAACUACAUCAACCCCACCAUCAACUACGAUAAGUUCCCGCGAAAGAUCCGGCCCAAGAGAGGUCGCUCCAACAUUGACAGCGACGUGUCUCUCAACUCACCGAACAGGUCGCGGCGGUGCUCGUGUAUGGAGAACCUUAACCUGACGUCGGAGCAGCUGACGGCCCUCAGGCGGCACUCCCACGACCACACUCAGGAAGACGAAGAUGCCGCCGCCCUCCAGCAGCAACAGACAGACGAGAUCCUUCACGCCUCGGCCGACGUCCUCACCAGGAUGUUCACGUGCCUCAAUACCAGCGCCCACCCCCCGCCUAAGGAUCCCCCGCCCCUCGACCCAAGGUACUCCAGGCCCGGCGACAAGCUUGUCAUCCCCAGACAUGGCGGGCGGUACCAUACUCGGCCUUGGAGGACGAGGGUGCCGGGAGCACUGGAGAUGGAGAGGAAGGUCGCAAGGGGCGCCAGCAGAACACCACCGCCCUGGCCGCCCGUAGCCACCUCAGGGGACACCAGCGGUACUCCCUCUAGAGCACCUUCUGAUAUUGACCCACUUAAUACCAGCACUUAG